AUGUCUCGCGUCUCUGUCAAUACUCUUCCCUUCUCCACCCGUCUUCACCCCAAGUGCGGGCACGCCAAGGACAUCCUUGCCCGCGACAGGGCUCGCGCGCAGAAGCUCAUGUCCGGCAAGCAGCCUCACGGUCCUCUUGUCAUCCAGGAGAUGUGCAAGAGAGACGGGUCCGCGCGCGCUCUAUCUGGCCAGUCCGACAGUGGAAAUUCAAUUGAUGUGACGGAUGCGGCCGUUACGUAUACCGCCAUGGUGAAGAUGGGGCAGUCUGGUCAAUCCUUCAAGCUUCUCAUCGAUACGGGAAGCUCCAACACCUGGGUCGGCGCUGACCAGGAGUACAAACCAUCGCCUUCAUCCAAGAACACUCGGAAGGCCGUCAAUGUCAGCUACGGGUCAGGCUCCUUCACCGGAAUGGAGAUGAUCGACCGAUGCGAGCUUUCCCCUGGCCUUGUUAUCGACUCAAGGUUUCCAAGGCGUCGACGGAUUGGACCGGUUGACCUUACCCAAGGAACCGUCUCUGGCUUGGGAAACAUCCCCACUGUCACUGACAACCUCAAGAGCGAAGGCAAAAUUCCGAAGGAGUCGAUUGCCAUUUCUUACCAGCCAACGGCUGGCGCGAACAUGGCGAAUGGAGAAAUGACCUUCGGUUCUGAAGAUUCUGCAAAGUACACUGGAGAUAUCACCUACGUGCCAAUCACUUCCACGUCUCCUGCCUGCAAGUACUGGGGUAUCGAUCAAUCGGUCACAUACGGAAAGAACACCGUCAUUAUGUCGAAGACUGCUGGUAUCGUUGAUACCGGAACGACUCUGCUUCUCAUGUCCAGUGGCGCUUAUAAGAAGUACAUGGAGGCCACAGGAGCCAAGAUGGACGAGUCUACCGGACUUUUGUGUGUCACCAAGGAACAAUUUGGAAAAAUGGAGAACCUUUGCUUCAAGAUUGGUUCGACUACUUUUGAAAUGACGCCUAAUGCCCAGAUCUGGCCUAGGAGCAUGAACGCCAUGAUGGGAGGUAAAGCUGACGGAAUCUAUCUUGUCGUCGCUGACAUGGGAGACAUGGGAGGUUCGGGCCUCGAAUUCAUAGAUGGCUUUGCUUUCCUUCAGCGGUUCUAUUGUGUCUACGACACGACGAAUAGUCGUGUUGGACUGGCCAAUACCCCCCACACCCAGGAUAACACCAAUUAAUGGCCUAUUCCAGGUUCAUCCAUUCGUUCGCCCAGCACGAUCGUUAUCAGUGUAUGAUAUAUGUCCAGUAAUGAAUUAAUUCGCUUGUUCGAGUAAACUUUUUGACUUCUGCGAUGGCUGGUUAAACGCGAGGUAUAGUCUGUCCUUAAAGCUGAAAACAUCCUCGGAAGACUCGAGGCAAACAGCGUCUGGAAGAUUACCGCUGUUGUGGAAAUAAAAAUAGCAAAUGACAGGUCGUCUUGGUCCUCAAAAGGUGCGACCACAAGCCGAGCGUCGGGCAUUGCGACAGCUCCAUUCCUGGUGUGUCUG